UACAUAAUAUUUACGUUGCAGGUCACGUAGCCCGUUCCAGGUCACACAAGAAAUAUUCCAGUGAGUCACCACCACCCAAGAAGUACUCAAGUAGCUCAUCACGCAGCCCAUCAUACCGCAAGGACCGCAGCCGCAGCAAGUCCGGAUCCUACCGGUAGCCGUUCCAACCGCCGCUAUCGUAGCUCCGAGAGUGGCUCGUACAGGAGCAGAUCGAGGUCCCGCAGCCGAUCACGCUCAAUGGACUAUCAUCGCCGUUCUCGUAGUCUGAUCAGAUGAUCGUCCACCACUACCGCAAGUACCCUGGUCGCUAAACCCACGAAACCGAGGUACUUACUACAGGCCUCGUUUUCCCACUGGCUUCAAAACAAGACCUGGUGGUUACUUUCCACGUGGCAGAGGUGGUCCAUGGAGGCCUGGUGGUCGACCGUUCAUCCCACGCAUGCGUGGCCGUGGUCGUCCUAGGUUUUUCCAUUACAACAACAAGCCCCGUGAUGAUCGAUCGUUACCGAACGUUACGAGAGAGAUGUGUCAAGAUCUGAUGAUGACGAGGAAAGCCCCAACAAUGCGAAAGGUGGACGCAGUAAAAGAGAGGAUAGACAGGAUGCUGGGAGAGGACAAGAGACAUACGGGGCCUCUGAGUGAAGGAGAAGAGAGGGAUGAUGAUUAUAUUGACCGGAAGGAUUAUGACCGUGAUCGCUCAUCCAAUAUGCCCAGAGGCUCCAGCAGUCCCGACAUGGACAAGAAGGAAGGUUCUAAGGAGAGAAAGAGCAGUGGCAAGCCCAAUCCUUGGUGAUUUUAUCAUCGUUUAAUCACAUUGACAAUGUAAUAAUUUGGUGAUUUUAUCAUUGUGUAAUCACAUUGACAAUGUAAUAAUUGCUUUCUUCUCAAUGUUGUAUAUAUUAUUUUUACAGAUUGGCUUCUUUAUUUUGUUUGUUAAUAAUAGAUCACUAUGUUAAAUAAAUGGACGUUUGAGUUAUCUAGAGUAUUGUAUGUAAUUUAGUGAUUGCAUUAGUGUUACCUGUGCUAGCAUUUAAGAUUAAACUUUAUAUUAAAAAGAAUUUUACUUGGC